AUGGCAGGACGUGAUUGGAAAUUACAUGACAUGAGACUCGAAGACGAGGAUGUUCCGGCAUCCCCGGACGUGCUUGGAAAGCAUGGCAUAAACAUUUCCAUCGGGCUGCCUGAGAUUAGUUGUUUAGCAGACCGGCAGCCUACUUCCAGGGACACAAACUUGAAGCCUCCAGUCCAAACCAAUUCGAGGCCUAUUUUAAAAGCCCAAAGUUCUGGGCUGAGAGUAUCAACAUUACAACGACCUAAUCUUGCUGAAAAACCAGCCUUGAACUUGGCAAAGGAAUCUGAAUUAGGCCGCCUGCAUCCGCUUGACUUGGAUUCCCUUUUGCUUGCAACAUAG